AUUACGUGACCAGAAGACCAAGUUAACUUUCAGCCUCUUCACCCAACCUUGAGAGCAUCAAUCCUUCUCACCAUGUCCACACAGUCCUACCAUGAAGGGGCCUACAUGGCUCUGAUGAGAGGCUUGAGAGAGCUGGACUUCAAGGUCCCCUAUGAUCCCAGUGACCUGGUUCUGACUGGAGAUCAUGCCUUUCCUUUAGCAAUGAACAGUCAAGGCCAGGUCCUGAUGGCUGCCUCUCUGUAUGGCCGUGGAAGGAUUGUGGUCCUGGGUCAUGAGGGCUAUCUGACUGCCUUCCCUGCUCUGGUAGAGAACGCUCUGACCUGGCUGAGAGGAGAUGGAUCUGCCAACUUGUCUGUGGGGGUCCACAACAGUGUCAAGGCAGUCGCUGAUAACCUCAGCAAAUCCAGCCUCCAAGCUAAAGUUGUGGGGGCCUUUAGUAACAAUCUGGGGGUCGGUGUGUAUGUGACUGAUGCUUACAGCGUGGGUGCAGAUGCGAAGGACCUGGUGGCGUUUCUGAAAGCUGGAGGGGGAGUGCUGAUAGGGGGGCAGGCGUGGCACUGGGCUGGAAAUCACCCUCAAGAGAACAGGCUGCUUCAGUUUCCUGGGAAUAAAGUGUCUGGGGUUGCAGGGAUCUACUUUUCUGAGCAUUAUGUGAAGGUAGAAAUCCUGCCUGUCCCCCCUCAGAUCCCAUCUUCAUGGAUGACUUUAAAUGUUGGUAAGGAUUUUAAGGAUGACCUGGAGUUCUUACUCCAGAAGGUUUCAAAGUUUGACCUCCAGGGUGGAGAUCCUUCUGAGGUUCUUGUCCACGGCCCAUUAGCCUUCCCCAUUGGUACCACUGAGGAUGGACAGACAUUCCUGGCAGGAGCCUACCAUGGGCUGGGACGGGUCAUUGUGGUGGCACAUGAAGCAUUUCUGGGAGAAAAGACACUGGCUUCGUUUUGGAACAAUGCCAUUGACUGGUUGGACCAAAGCCGGAAGGGGGUCGUUGGUGUGGCACCGAAGCUUCACCUUACGAGCAGCUCAGGGUUAAAGUGUGAGAAGACGCAGUUCAGAAAAGACCUAAGUGUAUUUGUGUGUAAAGGGUACAGUGAUGACCAUAUGGAGGAAAUCCAAGACUUCGUUUCAGAGGGAGGAGGCCUGCUGAUUGGUGGACAGGCCUGGUACUGGACAUAUAAUCACCGUGGGCAAAACCCACUGAUAGGUUUCCCAGGAAACAGGAUCCUGAACAAAAUGGGCUUGAGCCUGCUGGACACGACAAUUGAAAAAGGUUCCUACAAGGCCAAUGUUCCGGACAAGACAAAGAAAGACACCUUACACUUCCGCCAUUUUCUGCGCCAGUUUGCUGGUCAUGUAACCCAGGGCGACAGACUGACCAAGCGUGAGGAGGAACACCUUGAAAAACUGGGCGCAGAGUGUGCCAGCUUCUUGAGCAUGAAGGCUUAUGACAGCUACUACUACACACAGGUUCUUUCCAUCCUCACUGACAUGUUCAAGAAGUUCAUGCCGCAGGUGAGUGAGGAGAAGCCUGUGAAGAGUCCCAAAGAGCACCUACUCCUCAGUUUGGGGCGACAGUUAUACAAUUUUACCCCAGCUCCUGAUGCCCUCCUGCCUUACCUCAUCAAGGACAAUCCCACGAUGCCUCCUGUCUACAAUGAAAGGAUCAAGAUUGAUGUUAACACAGCAGGAGAGGAGGAGUGGAUCAGCACAGGUCUCUACCUCUCCCCAGGUAUGAAGACCGACAUGAUCAUACCAGCAGAGAUUGUCAACAAGGAAUGCAAGAUUCAGAUAGGAUGUCAAACCGACACCCUGGAGCAUAAAGAACUGAAGAGAGCUGCAAUUGUUUGUGAGCAAUUUCCUAUUACCGCAGAGAAGAUGGAGGUGUGGAACCUUUGGGGGGGACUCAUCUACCUGGUGGCCCCACCCAACACAAAGGUGGAAGGGGCAGAGAUCAUAGUGCAGAAAGCUAUACGUGCUCCUUAUUAUAAGUCUGGUGAGACAAGAGACGCUGAUUGGAUGUUGCUGCGCAAAGCUCCCUCACCCUGGGCAGAGUUGGAGUUUGACAACAUCAUCCUCUCUUUACCAUCACAUGCUGUCCGAGACCUGGAGCGCCCUCGUGAGGUGGCAGCGCUUUGGAAUGACAUCAUGAAGAGUGUUGCAGAGCUGGGCGCCUUGCCACACAAAUUUGCCCGUAAAGAACGCAUUGUAGUGGAUGUGCAGAUUUCCUUUGGCUAUAUGCAUUCAGGCUAUCCUAUCAUGAUGGACUCAUCUGUAGCAGCUGACUUGAUCAAUCCAGAUGAUGCCAGGACUAAAGGCCUGUGGGGACAGAUUCAUGAACUGGGACACAACCAACAGAGGACCCACUGGGACUUCGAACCUCACACUGCAGAGGCCACAUGCAACCUGUGGUCGGUGUAUGUGCAUGAAGAGGUGCUGGGCAUCAACAGAGCACAGGCUCAUUCAUCCAUGACCUCAGCACAACAGAGGAGUCGUGCAGAGGAGUAUGUCAAGGGGGGAAAGAAACUGAGCGACUGGACAGAGUGGGUGGCCCUGGACACAUACAUGCAGCUUCAAGAAAAGUUUGGCUGGGAUGCCUUCAAGAAGGUGUUUGCUGCCUACCACAGGAUGUCAGACUUUCCUGACGACAACAAAGGAAAGAUGAACCUGUAUGCUGAGACUUUCUCCCACGCUGUAGGGAUGAACCUGGCUGCAUUCUUUAAGGCCUGGGGCUGGCCCAUAGGAAGGGAUACUGAGGAGAAACUCUUCAGCCUGCCUCCCUGGACUGACCACCCCAUGGUCCGGUAUGACUGAACUUCAGACUGCUGCUGUUUAAAAGUUUAGAGAUAGGUGUUAGUCUAUAAUAAGUAAUGAAUUAGUACAACGGGGGUGAUUGUUAUUACUGUUGUAGUGAUUUCAAAUAAUAAUGAAAGAAAUUCAUAAUCUGAAUACUAAUCAAGGUCGUGCUUUUAUUUGAUGGAGAGCUAACGUUACAUGUUGAGAAAUAAGAUGAGACUAAAUGAAAAAGAAAAUUUCUGCACUCAUAGAAGGGGAAGUGGAGGAAGAGCUAAAUAUAAGUAUCAAAAAACCUAAGGCGAUACAAAUGUCCCAAUAAAACAGAAAGCAAUUUGUUAAGAUAAAUAUAUAUAUAUAUAUUAAGCAUAUGAGCAAGUUGGCUGAAAAUGAAAAAGUCUGGAAAUAUCAAAUAAUUCAGUUCACAACCUGGAGAGUGUGAAGAAAUUAUAUAAAUAAUAUUGAUCAUUAUCAACUGCUCACAUAUAUGUUCUACUGGUGAGUCUGAAAUAAUUGAUCUGAGGAUGCUGACAUUGUAAGCUGGAUGAUACUGCAUCGCUCAAGCAAGAAUUUUCUAAAAUUUCCUCCAUACUUACAAUGGAAAAAAGUACACAGAAUAGAAUUUUCCUCUGUAAAGAAAAGGGACGAAAAAACAAAGACUGCAAGGAUAUGUGGUGGAGAAAGCGAGUGAAGGACUGUAACCCUUUACUCUCUCUGACUUAUCAUUUAUCAUCACUGCUAUACACAUUAGGAGGGGUUUUUUUUUUAUUCCACUGCACUAGUGUUCAAGGCAUUCAUGUAUGAAAAGCCUAUUCUAAUUGAAAAGUAAGUCUUCUUUCAGGGUCAUUUUAACUCUAAUGUUCUUACAGAUAUUUAGAUCUUCGUUCUGUGGAUCAGUAAGCUGUGUCUUUCACUGACAGAUCAUUUGCUUCUAUAAGCUCCAUGUUAAAGGUCACUGAUAGUUAUACAUAAAUUCUUUUAAUUGCUGCUUGGAUGGUGUUUUACAUUAUGAUCCUGGGGCGGUUCAUCUUUUUCAAGACACAAGGAAAUUAUUCACGUGUUCAUUCAUGCUCUAUAUUACAAUAAAUGACAUUGAGUCAAACUGUGUGUUUUUUCAAUGUUUUUUGAAUGU